AUGCAACGCAACAGCUGUCGCCGGAUGAUGCGGCUCUCCUGGGGACACCAUGGACUAUUUCGACGCCCUUGUCUUCAAGGUCCAUCAGAGUCUGUACAGAUCAGACGCAAGUACCUCCUGUACGGCAUCGUCAAUCGCAGCAUGUGGAUCAUGCCUCAGGCUGAGCUAAAAGACAUGGAGCGGGAGUUCUACACUGGGAUUCAGCGGUUCGAUGUGCGCAGGGCCCCGUCGGAACUGCGGGCUGCCACAAGCCCCGGCAUCCAAUCCAAGGGAAAACUCCGCCAAUCACUCGAAUAG